UUUGAAUGUGUCUAGCAACGUGAAACGUUUGUUGAUUACUGCGCCUGCGUACAGUUCUGGUGUGUUUGUGUUUUUCUGUUUACGCGUUUAACUUACCUUGUGCACACUGUGAAGAAAUAUUCUAAACGUAAAAAUUCCUCCCUUCCAAAAGGGACAAACGAAUAUUACGAGUGAACAACGACUUUUCCUUACAACGAAUGAAAAGUGGCCCCCUGUUUCGAUCGAUGUUGAAAGCGAAAUUCGAAAUUCCUCAUUAUAAUUAUAAAUGUAUAAUUAAACAAUUGAGAGCUGGUUAAUCGUGGUUAAUUAUAGUAGAUUAACGUUGCACACCACUUGCAAUUGCAGCCCGCCAACCAGCCAGUAUUAAUAUUAAAAACAAUAACAAGACAAUAUUGUGGUGUUUGUUUUUUUGUUCGGUUGGCCUGGCCUAUUGGUAAUGAUUUAUCACUGUUGUUGUUAACAGCAAAGUUGAAAGCGUUAGAAAACAAAACAGAAACGAAAAGCUUUAAGUGCAAAAAUAAUAAUAAUAAUACAACAAUAGCAACAAGAAAAAUAAAACAGAAUUGUGAAUUGAAUUGUGUUGCACACAUUCACUGCAAAAUUGCAAUUAAAAUUCCAUCCAUUUACUACCUUACCUCCGUCUGUCUAUCUGCUGUCUUUUUGUUUGACAGCCAGCCGCCUCUGUUGAUCAUCUGCUCUUGACGGCAACUUUGUACAGAUCGAAAUUCUAUCGUCAAGCUAGAAGAGAAGACCACGGCGACGACUACGACACCGUCGACCACAUUGACACAAUUUUCUUUGGGAGACCCACAACACAUAGAACGUGAAACUAUUCCAAGGAUUUAUUUAUGAUUACUCCAUCAUUCCCCAACAGUAACAGCAGCAGCCACAAUAACAACAUAAUCAUCAGCAUUCUUAACAGCAUUUUGUAAUUUAUCUGUCAGUGCGAAUUGUGAUCUCUCUUUUGGCGCUAUGGAUACCGGGAGUGUGGUUAGUGAACCAAUAUCGGAUGCCCAUCGGGCGUUUGCCAAACAAAAAUCAGCUUCAAUGACCAUUUUAAAUCCCAAAGGCUACAAUAGCCCUGCCAAAUAUAGCUUACUGCAGGAUAAUAGUAAUACCAAAGUUCUGAGCAACGUUGAUGGCAAUCUCAGUUCCAGCAUACCCCAUUGCGCCACCACAGGGCGAAGACGCAAGGGUUCUUCUUUGGCCGGCACUUUGACUUCACGAUCCACACGUGGCGAAUCGAAAGAACUACGCUCAGCGUUGCAAGACCGUGAGACGGUGAUACAAAAUCUACGCAUCCAAUUAUGUUUGGGAAAGUUGCCACGUCCCUCGGGUCCACCCUUGCAUGAUGCGGACAGGCCAGCGGCCGAACAGAAACUACAGAAGCUUAAAACUGAAGCUGAUAAUAAGAAGAUAAAAAUCAAGAAUUUGAAAAGCGCUUUGGAUAAAUUGGACAUCACCGACAAUAUCGAUGUACGUAUCAGACAGGCAGAACUUGAAUAUGCUUUGGGUCGUGAAGAAUUACAAUUACUUUCCAUUGUGGAAGAGGCAAGGGCAUUGCAAGCACGAUUGGAUAAAUCCAAAGUCGAACCCCAGAGCCUUCAUAAUCUGCUCAAUAGUGGUAUUUCUGUGAGCUUGCAUGCGGUACAAGCCACCACUGGACGCUGGGCAGCCCAAGAGAUACCUGAAGCAUCGGGUGUUUUUUAUGUGGAAUGGGCUCUGGAAGGCGAUGGUCUAUACAAAGGCGAUCGUAUACUAGAAGUCAAUGGUAAACUAGUCACUUGCAGGACCAAAGAGGAAUUCCAAAAAUCUAUAGGCAAUACGGGCAAGUGUCAAAUUGUUGUGCUGAGAAGAAAACCUGCUGCAAUACCACAAAAACAAUUGGACCUAGAAAAGGAAAAUAAUAUGCGCUUGCAGCAUAGGAUCUCGUAUUUGGAGGAGCAGGUUAAAGAGUUGCAGGCCAGCAAACUGGAACACGAACAAAUACAGCAGCAGGUACAACCCCAACAUCAUCAGCAACAACAGCUAGUGCAACAAGAAAAUCAAUUGCAUGGUCAUGUGACAAGCAUUAAUAUCUCAUCGCCGCCCUCAACACCUCCCGACAAGCCCCUGGUGUUCCAAAGAGGCAACUACAUUACCACAUUAGUGGGUGGCAAACCCAUUGAAUUGAUGGGAGAGGAAACACCUGAGAUUAAAAAACAUGCGCUGCUCACAAAAAGCAAAUCGGCAGCUCACAUAACCAAAACUCUGAUACGAGAGAAUAGCCCUCAUGACAUGAAUGUCGUGGCUGCCAACAAAACCCUCUCCGCUUCCAAAAUUUCGGUCAACAGUGAUUCUAACUACCCAGCGCAUACUUCGCACAAAAAAGAAAAGGAACGACUCAGGGAACGUUACGAUAGGUCCAAUUCCAAAGCUUCUCAAAUGCAUGCCCGAAGUGUGGAGCAUCUAAAUCAUGCAAAUGGAUAUUCCGAGCGUCGUCGUGAUACUCCUCGUGGCACUGAUGUCCAAACUUUAAGAGCCCGUCUGCACUCGGAUAUGCGCAGUGUCAAAUCUUUGGAUUUCGAUAGUGAAACUGAAACUAGUCGCCCUAGACCACGCACACAGCCUAGUGAUACCAUGUCCGAGGCACGUACUAUUAGACCGACUCCGCCAAAGAAACCCUUGCGCCUUUCGCUACAGAGAGCCCAGAGUUUACAAACCGUUGAACUAAAUACCAAUGCUGACAUUGAACGAAAACGUCCUUCGAAGAGGGCUCAUAUUACGGAAAAAACGCUCAACGGUGAUGCUGCCAACAGUCUACUCAUUGAGAGCUGUAGCCACAGUGCUGCUCCGUCCCCUUUGCAUACGUCCUCGUUGGGUCGCCACCGGCAUAAUCUAUGAAAAUUACUGAAUAAUCUCUUUCGCUUACAAGAAGAGAUUUAAAUUUUAGUAAUACUGGAGUAUCAUGCACGGGUGAGUGAAUGUGCCACCCAUACAUGCAUACCUCCUGCAUCAUAUCCAACCAUAAUGGCAAUGUUAAGAACAGAAAAAUUUUCUAAAGAAAGAUUUUUUGUUAGUUUCGUUUUUUUUUGUAUACACAACAAAAAUGAUCCUUAUAUCCUUAGUAAACUAAGUAAUGAAGUUUGUUCAUAGCUAAUAUUUAAUUUAGAUAUUUUCUAGGGAAAUGUGACUGGUGUAAAGCAAAUAAAAUCUGUAAA